AUGUCGCAAUACAUCGGCAAAGUACGCAUCCCGAUUCCAAGGACCCGUCCAUAGUACCACUCCCUAACCCACGCUCUCACAGACACGCCUCGCCUAUUCCCGCUCAUGGCACCUCCUCAACGUCGGAACCGAUAGCAGACCACUCGGCCGUCUUGCCUCGCAAAUAGCAAUAGUCCUCAUGGGCAAGCAUAAACCCAUCUUCGACCCUUCGACAGACUGCGGAGACUACGUCGUAGCAGUAAGCCAAUCCACACGAGCCGAGCGGGCCAGCCAGCAAGGAAAGUAACCAGGAUGCUAAUACUUAUCUCUUGGGACGGAUUUAGGUCGGCUGUUCAGACCUCCACACCACGGGAAAGAAGCGUUUCCAGAAGAAAUACUAUUCCCACACCACGCGGCCGGGAAGCUUGAAGGAGAUGACCAUGGAUAAGAUGAUGGCGAAAUGGGUAUGAAACAUCUCGAACGUCAUGCAUGAUUUGGGCUUGCAGAUUUGCUGAUCGGAUCGAAAUGCGAAAACAGGGCGGUGGAGAAAUCUUACGAAGGGCAGUGCGAGGCAUGCUUCCCAAGAACCGAUUACGAGAUGACCGAAUGGCGCGUUUGAAAACUUUCGAGAGCGCGAGUCAUCCGUACAAGCAGAAUCUAGUACGGAUGGGGAUUUAUGGGAAGAGACCUGGAGAGAGUAUAACGCAAUUGCCGGAGGUACGGGGCACGUUGGAGCAGGCGAAGCAGCCAGAAGCUACACCUGCAUCGCAAUAG